UAUCAAAGAAGACUUCGAAGUUUUUGCUACGGUGUUCAUUAAAGUCAACAGUCUUGUGUUUAAAGACAAUGCUUGUUACGGAAUGUUCUAUCAACUAAAAUCUAUACUUGCUUCCCAAGAAAAGAGCUGUCAGACUAGACAUCCAUGGCCAUGGAUCUCCUUUCUUUCAGUGCUUGUUUACUCAUCAUCUUCUCAAAAUCUUCCACAGCACUUGACACCAUUUCUCCAUCCCAGUCACUCACUGAUGGAAUGACCUUGGUCUCCAAUGAUGGAAGCUUUGAGUUGGGUUUCUUCACUCCAGGGAGUUCUAAGAAUCGGUUCUUGGGAAUUUGGUACAAGAACAUACCGAUGCAAACUGUUGUCUGGGUUGCAAACAGGAUAAACCCAAUAUACGAUUCCUCUGGCUUGUUGAAGAUAGAAAGUACUGGCAAAAUUGUGCUUCAGGGUCAGAACAACACAACUGUUUGGUCAAAUAAUUCUACAGAAGUGGUUCAGAAUCCAAUAUUGCAGCUUCUGGAUUCCGGUAAUCUUGUUGUCAAAGAUGGAAAAGAUAGUAAUUCAGAGAAUUACUUGUGGCAAAGCUUUGAUUAUCCAACUGAUACAAUGUUACCGGGGAUGAAAAUUGGUUUUGACCUGAGAACUGGUUUCCAUCGAAGACUGGCAGCAUGGAAGAACUCAGAUGAUCCAUCUCCUGGUGACCUUACUUACGGGGUAGAGCUCGAAGGAACUCCAGAGAUGGUGCUAAGGAAAGGCUCAGUAAAGUACUAUCGCAGCGGCUUAUGGAAUGGUGAUGGAUUUAGUGGUACGCCAAAUUUAAGAUCUAAUCCAAUCUUUGAUUAUGACUUUGUCUGGAAUGAGACAGAGGUGUACUAUAUAUAUUUCCUCAAGAAUAAAUCCGUGAUGUCGAGGUUUGUUCUCAACCAAACUGAAAGUGUAAGACAACGGUACACAUGGAACCCAGAAACUCAAACUUGGAAGUUGUUUUCAAUCAUGCCAAGUGACUACUGUGACAGAUGUGGACUAUGCGGUCCAAAUGGGAAUUGUGAUAACAAUAAGCUUCCAUCUUGUCAAUGUUUGAAAAAAUUCAGGCCUAAAUCUCUGGAAAGAUGGAACUCAUCGGACUGGUCUGAAGGGUGUGUACACAAUAAGCCAUUAAACUGCCAGAGUGGAGAUGGAUUUAUUACAAUUGCGCAGGUGAAAACUCCAGAUACCACAAAUUCUUGGGUGAACAAAAUUAUGAAUCUCAAGGAAUGUAGGGCUAGGUGCUUGCAGAACUGUUCUUGUAUGGCAUACACCAAUUUAGAUGUUAGAAAUGGAGGUAGCGGCUGCGCUAUGUGGUUUGGUGAUCUAAUUGAUAUCAAACAAUUUCAAUCAGAUGGUCAGGAUCUUUACAUCAGAGUGUCUGCUUCAGAAGCAGAACUCAGUAAAAAGCCUAAGGUGAUGCUUGCUGUUACUAUUGCAACAGUAAUUGCUAUGCUUUUGGGGCUUUGUGUAGUUGUUUGUUACGUUUGCAAACGCAGGAAAAAGUUAAAAGAUGAACCAGAAGACAGGAAUGUAAAUGAUAAAGAGAACCAAGACCAGAAUGAAGAUAUGGAUCUUGCAGUAUUCGAGUUAGCAAUGGUAGCUCAAGCUACUGAAGCUUUUUCUUUUAAUAACAAGCUAGGUGAAGGGGGUUUUGGACCCGUUUAUAAGGGGAUACUAGCAAAUGGACAAGAAAUUGCUGUGAAGAGACUUUCAAAGAGUUCUGGACAAGGAUUGAACGAAUUUAAGAAUGAAGUAAAGUUGAUUGCUAAACUUCAGCAUCGGAAUCUUGUAAGGCUUCUUGGAUGCUGCAUUCAAGGAGAUGAGAGAAUGCUGGUUUAUGAAUACAUGCCUAACAGAAGCCUUGAUUCAUUCAUUUUUGAUCAAACAAGAAGCAAAGCACUAAAUUGGUGCCGGCGUUUCCAAAUCAUCUGUGGGAUUGCUAGGGGACUGCUAUACCUUCAUCAAGAUUCCAGAUUGAGGAUUAUUCAUAGAGAUCUAAAAGCCAGUAAUGUUCUGCUUGAUAGUGAGAUGAACCCAAAAAUUUCAGAUUUUGGAAUGGCAAGAACUUUUGGAGGAGAUCAGACUGAAGCCAAUACAAAUAGAGUGGUUGGAACUUAUGGUUAUAUGGCACCAGAAUAUGCUAUCGAUGGGCUGUUUUCCGUAAAAUCAGAUGUUUUCAGCUUUGGUAUAUUAUUAUUGGAGAUAAUAAGUGGAAGAAAGAAUAGAGGGUUUUACGAUCCAAAUCACAGCGGCAACCUUAUUGAACAUGCAUGGAGAUUAUGGAAAGAAGGCAGGCCUUUGGAUCUUGCUGAUGAUUUCUUAGUAGAGACUGGCAAUCUAUCUGAGGUAUUACGGUGCAUCCAUAUUAGCCUUUUAUGUGUACAGCAGCAUCCUGAGGGGAGACCAACCAUGUCAUCUGUGGUUCUGAUGUUGGGAAGUGAAAAUGAAUUGCCUCAGCCUAAACAGCCUGGUUUUUUGUUUUACAAGAAACCCCUUGAAGCAGAUACUUCAUCCGGUAAUGAUGGAUCAUCUUCGAGAAACGAAAUAAGUAUAUCUGUGUUAGAGGCUCGAUAGAGGGUUGUAUGGUUCAUUAGAUCUGUUAUGCUCCAAAGUAUCAGUAAUGAUUUCAGUCCCACUUGUAGCUUCGCAGCAACUGUUUAUUUUUGUGCAAAUUCCUACCGUUGAGAAUAUUCAAGUAUAAAUUUUAGCGUUUCUGUUUAUUUCAUGGAUUGGUAGAUUGAAAGAAAAAACUGAAGCUUCAUAUAAUUGAUCUCGUCAUUUGUAAGUUG